GCAAAAGAUCCAAAAACACCAUUGUAUUUUGAGGGUAUAAAUUGUCGUCCAAUUGAGAUCAAUUCAUCAUUGACAAGUACUUCGUUCUGUCUUCAACAACUAAAAUCAUCAUGAAAUUCCUUUUGUGUCUCGCCCUUUGCUUCGCCGCUGCCCAAGCUGGACUUGUAGGAGUACAAAAUGCCCUCGCUUACUCUGCUCCUUACACCACUUACUCAGCAGCAGUAGCUCCAGCCCCAGCACUUUAUAAUGCUCCAUUGGCCUACUCUGCAUAUCCUUCCGUAUACAGCGCAGGAUUGAACGCUCCAACUGUUUACAGCACUGCUGGUCUUGGAGUUGCUAGCCCUCUCGUUAGAUCUGCAUAUUAUGCUUCUCCAACUGUCUACUCUGCUGCUCCAAGUGUCUACUCUGCUGCUCCAGUUUUGACAAACACUUUGUUAAAGAAGUAAACAAUCGAAGAAUGAUUUUUGGAAAAUGGUGAUUGGAAAUAAAUAAAGAAUAUUUAAAAAUUGAAAAAUA